AACUCAGUGAGACGACACAAUGAUCCUUCAAGCCGAUCAAUAUCCUCGGCCUCAAAUCUAAAUUAUAAUCUGCUUUCAUUUCGUGCACACUCUGAACUGCGAUCCUACACAAAUCAAGAAUUUAGUCUAGGAAACAUCGUCCGAUAGGCAAGAUGGUCAAUUUUCAGUUUCAGAUUCCAGUUCCGUGUCAAAACUGCCGCAGAUUCCAUUACGGAUAUUGUCGCGAUGCACCGAGGCAAUGCUGGCGCUGCAACGAUUAUAAUCAUAUUGAGCGCUAUUGUCCACGUCGUCGGACAAGAUGGCCUCGUGGUCAGGUACUUCCAGGAACCCAUCAAUGGUGUGACUAUCAUGGUUUGGGUUCUGAUCCCGCGCUUCGGUAAGUACAUGACCGAUGGCGACUUUAUCAUCCGAGCAGCUCAUUUACAUUCUACCUCUUUAGGGCCAGAGUUCUCAACGCAUUGAAGGCGUCGCCAAGCUGUAAUAUUUAUGUUGAUGAUGAUUGCAUCUAUAAGGGUUGCAUAGAGCAUCAUUUCCGACGUGAAGAAGUAAGAAGCAGGCCAUUGGCAGAGAGAAUGACACGUCGUAGAUCCAGGUAAGCAGCUCCCACAAAUUUUGAGGACCAAUCCCAUUAACUUAAACAGAUCUCCAGGUCGGGAGCAAAUCAAGCGGGGCAGAUCUCGUUCACCGAUCCGCCAAAGGUCACCCUCGCCAAUGGAAAGACGAUCCAGACAUCAGAGGCAAGCAUCUCCGGUUCGUCAAGUCCUUGGUCGAUCUAAAAGCCCAUCACGACAGCAAAGACAAUCACCACAGCGUACGGCGGUUCGACCUCGAGGGCGAUCUCCUGUUUUCGAUACGAGCGGAGUUGCGUGCACUCAGACUAACGCUGCAGCGACCGGGACGAACAUCUUUCAGCCUUCAUUUUUACAGAAUCAAGGCUUUGCUGUCAGUCAAAAGCAAGCAUCUGCGACGCAGCAUAUACAGCAAAGCACCAUAGAUGUUGCUUCUUUGAACACAAUCAAUCUCAAUCCGUUUCUAGCUCCUCCGACCCUAUUGGGCACAGUAUCGCCAAAUAAAACUCGACAAGAAACUGCGAAAGAUGUCUCAAACCAUACGGUCGUCACUAUUCAGCAACCGGUUAUGAAUCCACCUUCUCAAAUACAAGACAUGGACGAAGUUUACGUCGACGAUCCACAUUUCGUCCUUGGGGUGAGAGAAGAAGCUCUUGAGAAGGAGUACGUCUGCAAAAUUAUUUCAAAUCUGCAAGAUGCAAUUGUGCUAACAUUGGACAGAAUCCUCGAGGCUUACCAACAGCGUAUGUGGGAAGUUGAACUCGAACGUGUCGCCGACACAGACUACAAAGAAGCCCCUGGACCAGAUAAUGUUUGGGAUCAGAGUGUUGCCAUAUUACGCGCGGCCAAGAAGAAACUUGUCGGAUACUAAGCCUCUUGAUACUUGUUGAUGUAAAGGUACCAUGAGGUUAUUGCGGUGUUAUACUCAAAGGAAGGCGAGAGGGGGAUAUUAUACAGGAAUUUAAAGUGAUAUGCGGAAUGUU